GAGAGGAGGUGAGAGCUUGUUUAGCCUUUGGCUUGGCCUCCCCUCCAUCGUUGCAUUACAUCCUCCUCCACUCCAUCUCUUGCUUCGCUUAACCCCUCCCCCAGCCCCAAUCCAAUCCUCCCCUCCGUGCCUUAACCCCACCCCAAAUCCAGCCUUCAAAGCUUCCUCUUUCUCCCGGGCCCGGAGUUCUGUUCUUGGUACAUAGGACAAGAGCAUUGAGAUUUGAGAGUGCUUUUGCCACCUUCAUCAGCUGCAUAGCCACCAUCCUCUCCUCCCCCUUCGCCCACUUGCUCUUCUUCUUCCUUCUUUUCUCCCUCGGACUUAUGGGUGACCAUCUCGCGUUGCUCGUGGACCGGCUGCUGACGGAGUCGACGCUGGAGGCGGCGAUCGGCGGGGGGAAACAGAUGGUCGAUCUGCAGCCGGAGACGGUGGCGCUCGAGUACUGCCGCGGCGCCGACGGUGGCGGCUCCGCGUGUAAGGUGGUGGAGUGCAGGAUUUGCCAGGAGGAGGACUGGGACACCAGCAUGGAGGCCCCCUGCGCCUGCUGUGGCAGCCUCAAGUACGCUCACCGGAAAUGCAUCCAGCGUUGGUGCAAUGAGAAGGGCGACACCAUAUGCGAAAUAUGCUUGCAGUUUGCUAUAUUUCUUCAGCAAUUCAGGCCAGGUUAUACUGCCCCAAAGGAGCUGUUUCACUAUGGAAGUAUACCAAUGAACUUCAGAGGGAAUUGGGAGAUUGGCCGGCAAGAUAUCAAUGAUUCCCAGAUAAUUACAAUGGUGCCGACGGAGCGUGAUUUUAUGGACAGUUACGAGGACUAUUUGCCUAUCAGGACAAGAAGCAGCACCCUGUGUUGCCGGACGGUCGCCGUAAUUUUCAUGGCACUCCUGAUCCUUCGCCACACUCUUCCUCUAAUGAUCGGUGGAAAUGGGGAGUACUCGUUGGCCUUAUUCUCGCUUCUUGUGCUGAGGACUGCGGGAAUUCUGUUCCCAAUCCUGGUGAUGGUGAGAGCAUUGGCAAGCUUCCACCGUCGACGGCGGCAGCAGGAAAGCCGGGAAAUGUAUAUGUCUUCGUCAGACACAGAGGAAGAGGAAGAGGAAGAAGAGGAGGAUACGGUCACCAAUUCUGCACGACCAAAUUACUUGCAACCGCCACGCUCCAUACCAGUCUACUGACAUGAUCAAGAUAAUGCCUUCCAACCUCCAAUCUGACCGGAAAUUUCAGCUGACAAAAGCAAGGAUCACAAAAAAUCCAAAAAAAUGGAAGAAAAAUGGGUAUAUGAUGAGACAUAGUAAGAUAGCCUGAAGCCACUCGCUUCUAUGUGCACAGAGAAGAAUGUAGUGGUUCUGUACAUAUGAGAAAAGAGCAAGUCUACUAACCCGGAUGCUGUAACUUGUGAGCCUCUACUGCAGCAAGUUCAGCUUACUUUAUGUACCGAAGAUAUUAUGGUGUCAAAUUACUUUAUGUACCGAAGAUAUUAUGUUUCAGUUUCCGAAUUUCUAAUUGGCGGCCUCUCCUUUUCUUUCUAUAGUCUUGCAUUUUGCA